GGACUAAGCUAAUCUGCCUGUCCAGAUCAGCUGUUCAUAGUUAUAAUAAAAAAACUACUUCUACCUUUAAAAUGGAAAAGUCUUAGGUUUGAUCAACACGUACGCUUGGCAAGCUGCGUAAAAGGCGCAAUUGUUGGAUACGGCACAGGAGCAACCUGGACCUUUAUCCUGUGAUUUCUUAAUAUUAGCCUUGGGAAGGUUUAUUUAACUGGCUUUUACACAAGCUAUUGCACCAGACGUCAGCCUCAGAAGGAAGGCGCUUCCUGAUUCAGCACCGACUGAUGGAGAACUCUCCGACUCAGUGCGAAGAUAGAGACUUGACAUCCAGUUCAGUUUCUACUGGUCAGUUAAUUCCACACUGACAGUGAACAAAGUGACACCAAUGUUAAGCUUAAGAGAAAAAAAAGGGCAAAGUUGGUCCAUCGGGAUGUUCUUAUUCUCACUCCCCGCCCCGUGAUAUGACAGCAGUUGACGUGACAGUCGCGGUGAACUUGUCCUGAUAUGCCUCCCAGCUGCGAAGAUGACAGAUGUUGCUCUCACGUCGCGGUUUCAAGACAGCACUUUGACAGUGGACGGAAACUGCUCCGCACUCCUCUCUGGUGAAGCUGAAUUUUAUUUCCCGACCAGAAAACAAAAUGGUAUGCAACCACCUGUUCUGUGUGGGGACUCCUAUCAUUAUCUUAGCGCUACUUCUGAGUCAGUCAGUUUGUUGUCAUGAGAAGACCCACUCGCAUGCUGAAGACGAGCUCUUCAAGACAUUGUUCGCUGGUUACAACAAGUGGUCGAGACCUGUGCCAAACAUUUCUGAUGUGGUAAUUGUCAAGUUUGGACUGUCAAUCGCUCAGCUCAUCGAUGUGGAUGAGAAGAACCAAAUGAUGACAACCAAUGUGUGGCUUAAACAGGAGUGGAAUGACUACAAACUUCGCUGGAGACCAUCUGACUAUGACAAUGUGACAUCCAUUAGAGUGCCAUCAGAGCUCAUAUGGGUACCAGAUAUUGUCCUCUAUAACAAUGCUGAUGGUGAAUUUGCUGUGACCCACAUGACAAAAGCUCACCUAUUCCACACAGGGAAAAUUCGCUGGGUCCCACCAGCCAUUUACAAGAGCUCCUGCAGCAUCGAUGUGACCUUUUUCCCCUUUGAUCAACAAAACUGUAAAAUGAAAUUUGGCUCCUGGACCUAUGACAAGGCCAAGAUUGACCUGGAGCAAAUUGAAAACAGCGUGGAUCUCAGCAACUACUGGGAGAGCGGUGAAUGGGCCAUUAUCAACGCUGUGGGAACAUACAAUACGAAGAAAUAUGACUGUUGCCAUGAGAUCUACCCAGACAUCACCUAUUUCUUCAUCAUCCGAAGGCUUCCUUUGUUUUACACAAUCAACCUCAUCAUCCCCUGUUUGUUAAUCUCCUGUCUAACUGUUUUGGUUUUCUAUCUACCCUCAGAUUGUGGAGAGAAGAUCACUCUUUGUAUCUCUGUGCUUUUAUCCCUCACCGUCUUCCUUCUGCUCAUCACAGAGAUCAUACCAUCCACAUCCCUUGUCAUCCCCCUCAUUGGCGAAUACCUCCUCUUCACUAUGAUUUUUGUCACCCUGUCCAUCGUCAUCACUGUGUUUGUGCUUAACGUUCAUCAUCGCUCUCCCAGCACCCACAAGAUGCCUCGCUGGGUUCACUCUGUGUUCCUGGAUUUGAUCCCACGCUGGCUAUUCAUGCGUCGGCCUGCACCUGAUGGUCGGCGCCGCAGACUAUUGCUGCUCCAGCAGGAAGCAAUGGCAGAGCGGCGGCAGCUCCGGAUAACCGGCUACAAAUCCAGCAACUGCAUCAGCACCUCUUCUACCUGGUUAAGAGAUGGGACCACACUGGAAGACACAGAGAGGAGCUGUUACGAGGAUUUGGAGCUGGGAACUCUGUCGUCAUAUUUCUCCUUCCGUCCUCCUUCACCCAGACCUCCAGGGUCAACUCCUCCAUUGCAUCAAAAAGCUUCACAGAACAGCCAGAACCGACAGGAGGGGGCUGCAGGGUCCAAUAGACAAUCAAGUGGAGCCAGAGUUAACUCCACUCAGAGGCUAGCUAAAGUUGACAGUGCAGUGUCAGAGUCAUCACUGAUGCUUUCACCAAAUAUUAUGCGUGCAUUAGAUGGGGUGCACUACAUCGCAGACCACCUGAGAGCUGAAGAUGCUGACUUCAGUGUAAAAGAGGAUUGGAAGUAUGUUGCCAUGGUGAUUGACCGCAUCUUCCUGUGGAUGUUCAUCAUUGUGUGCUUGCUUGGGACAAUUGGCCUCUUCCUGCCCCCAUGGCUAGCUGGCAUGAUUUAAUGUUUAUAAGAAAGUGUUAAUUAGGAAAAAAAAUAAAAUAAAAAAUACAUUUGCAAUGUAGCUAAGCUCUGCUUCAAACCUGGGACUCAAGUUUGUGUAACACUGUAUGACCUAUGUGACCUCAAUGAUUAAUAUUACAGCAAUAGCGGUAUUGCUACUUGCUAUUUCCAGAUUAUCAUCACUCAUCCUCAUAAGGGUUUAUUCUUUGGAACUACAGUAGCAGCUUUAGGAUCUCAUAUGUGUCUUGUCACUCUAAGUAAUCUAGGCUUGAAAUAACUUUAGCCAGUGCAAGAUGCACUUAAAUUCAGGGUUCCCCACUCACCUUCACAUGGAAUGUGAUUCAGCUGGUAUUUGACCUUGAUACUAACAUUAUCAUGUUAAAAUUCCUUAAAUUUAGAAGGUUAGCUGGAUGUUAGCAAAUAUUGGAAGUAAUAUUUGGGAGGUUAGCAUGCUAAUGUUGUAAU